GCUACUUGCCUAACAUUUUCCUUGUGAUUGUCGCCUCCCUUCAGCCUUCUGGUACUAGAUAUACGUACAUUCUCAAAAUAUUUCGAGCAAGUUGUGCUUUCUGUCCGUGGAUUACUCUUCUUCCAAAAUGAAUCGUAGUCCCAAAAGUAAUGAAAAAGAAGAAUAUAGUUCUGAUCCAAAAGCUUUUGAGGAAUACAAACCGUUAAUCUCGUCCCUCCCUAGAAGAAAAGGAUGGGUUUUAAAUCAAUUCUACCAUUACCAAGGUUUUUGGCACAAUCUCUUCUACUUAGAAGGACUCUUGUCAGCUCAAGAACAUUUCAAGCCUCAACCCAACGACAUCUUUUUGAGUAGCGUUCCAAAAUCCGGCACAACAUGGCUUAAGGCCCUAUCUUUUGCCAUCAUGACUCGUUCCAGUUUUGAUGCUUCUACAAACCCUUUGCUCACAACGACGCCACACGAGUGUGUACACUCCCUAGAGGGUGAUCUAGCCCAUAACUUGUUUCAUCGGAAUCUAGACAAUCCACUUAUAGGUACGCAUGUUCCCUACACUUCCUUACCAAAACCUGUUAUAGAUUAUGGGUGUAAAAUUAUUUAUAUAUGUAGAGAACCCAAGGAUGCUUUUGUAUCUUUAUGGCACUUUUGUUGUAAGGCAAGUCCUAAGGGUGUGGAACUCUCGGCCAGAGAAAAUCUUGACUUUGAGGAGGCAUUUAAGUUGUUUUGUGAAGGAAUUUCUGUUUUUGGACCAUAUUGGGAUCAUGUAUUAGGGUAUUGGAGAGCAAGCUUAGAAUUUCCUGAAAGGAUACUAUUUUUGAAAUAUGAAAAUUUAAAGAAUGAGCCUGUGUUUUAUGUAAAAAAAAUGGCCAAAUUUAUGGGUUAUCCAUUCUCUUUAGAGGAAGAAACUAAAGGAAUGAUUGAAAAUAUUGUUGAUCUAUGUAGCUUUGAAAAUUUGUCCAAAUUGGAGGUCAAUAGAAGUGGGUGGCUCCAUGGUCGACCUUACUUGGUAGAAAAAAAUGCAUUUUUUAGGAAAGGUGAGAUUGGAGAUUGGAAAAAUUAUCUUAAACCUGUGAUGGUUGCACGUCUUGACGAGAUAACUGAACACAAGUUUAGAAGUUCUGGCUUGACAUUUAAUGUCUCAUCUGAUGCAUGAAUUGUUACGAGAAAUUUCGAUUAAUCCCGAUCUUGUCGUGGCAAAUUGGAACCAAUUGUGUUUUAGUACGCAUAGAGUUUUAUUGAACUAAGAACUACUGUUACAUACUAGUAGAUGGUUGUAACUUGUAAGUGUGGGUACUACACACUCGUGCGUGCUUCCUGUUAUUUUUUUAAUUUUUUUAAUUCCCUGUCCGAAAUAUGAUGUACUGCCCA